AUGCCUGCCAAAGUCGAACCGCCGCGUGCUCAUCGCAUUGGUUCUCUCCUCUUUUGUCCGACUUGCGGCACCCUCUUGGAUCUUCCUGGGGAGGAUGCCCCGCAUGUCAAGUGCGAGCAAUGCGGUCACCUCGAGCCUGCUAGCUCCUACGAGAAUCACCAAGUCGAGACCCGCUCACGCCCUGAUGCGUUCCCUUCUGUUCUCCAACUGAAACGCACCACUCAGACCAAAGAGCAUUUGGAUGCCAAUGUAAAAACCAAAACUGCGGAAACAUGCCCUAAGUGCGGCCACAAAGAGGCUCUUUCCCAAGAGCGACAGUUGCGAAGUGCCGACGAAGGCAGUACCAUAUUUUUGGAGGCAUGUGUUACGCCUGUCAUCCCUCAACCGACAUACUAA